AUGUUUUCUCGCAAAGGCCUGCAGAGUUUGAAUUCAGCUGAUGGGCUACGGCACUACACCCGAGCCGGCUGUAUCGCCUCUCGAGAUGAGGACAAUGCUAUGGGGAAAAUUGUACAACGACGGCCUUUACAUCGAAAUGUGAAGAGUGCUAGUGUGCUUUCAGCGGCAAAGUCUUUGCUAGAAAGUUGCAUGCAUCCUACAGAGCCGCACAGGCAUUGCCAGUAUUCGCGAGACACCGUACUUCCAUCACGGGUUCUUGACGUUGGGAACUCUGGAGACUCUCGGCCCACACUCAACUUGAAACUCAACGAGACAGAGACCCACGCGUCUUACCUGGCUUUGAGUUAUUGCUGGGGAGGUCCGCAACCACUCCGGUUACUGCUUGAGAAUAUUGAUAUGUUGACGGCUGGUAUCGAUUUCGAGUAUCUUCCACGGUCUAUACAAGAUGCUGUAUCUGUCACUCGCGAACUUGGCUUUCGUUACCUUUGGGUCGACGCGCUUUGCAUUAUCCAAAACUGUGCCACCGACAAGAAGAGGGAGAUUACUCGUAUGUCAUCCAUCUACAAAAAUGCUGCAGUAACCAUAGCAGCGUCUUCCUCUAAGAGCGCAACAGAAGGGUUUCUCUCGAAUGAGACAGAGCCCUACUGUCCGGAAUUCGAUUUUCAGGUCCCAAUGUCAGGUAACAGGGUGGGCACUGUAUACAUGUCCGCAGAACCAUACGAGCCAGAGCACCAUCUAGACACGAGAGGCUGGACAUUCCAAGAGUUCAUGUUAUCGUCACGGAUACUCUUUUUCUCAGAUUAUGAGCUUUUGUGGCAGUGCAAAGAAGUAGAUCUAAAGAGCGUUUCUGAGAAAGGUCUCGAGUAUACGCAGCGUCUGGAAGAUCUCCCAUGGGUCGUGUUUGAUGAUGAUUCAGAGCCUCACUUCGGAAGCGAUGACACUGACAAGAUCUACCUUUGGAAGACGGUUGUUGAGCAGUAUACUGAGCGCGACCUGACGGUGCCGGACGACAGACUCGACGCUAUUAUGGGCAUAGUCUGUGAGCUAGAGACUCUGUGGCGACAGGAAUGCAUAUAUGGAUUAUGGAAAAACUGGUUUAUAGGGCUCUUGGCGUGGUACAAGCCUUAUAGUGAGAGAGAAAAGAUGCGACAUAUUGAGCGGGCGCCCAGUUGGUCUUGGGCAUCUUUGAAUGGCGCGGUUAAAUACAAAGGAUCUAUUUCAACCGAGGACGCCAAGGUCACUUCAUUAACCGUGUCCGCUGUGGAACUAGCAUGCCGUAUUCUCAACGCAGACGGUAUAGAUGAGGCUGAUGGUUCUACCAUACAGGAAGAGCCAGAUCUCAUUGACGCGGCCAUGGAAAUUGGCCAAAAUGGACAACUAAUUGGAAUGGCAAAAUACUUGCUUUUGGGCAUGAUGAAGUUGGAAGGAGGUCUUGAGCAUGGCAUCGGCCUGAUUGUGGUGAAAGUAGGCAGGAGGCUAUAUAGAAGAGUUGGGUUGGCUACUUUCAGGGAUAUGAAACUGUGGGAGGACGUUGAGAGGCAAGAUAUCAUGUUAGAGAGCAGAAUUGAGCGGCAGAAUCAAGAAGUCGUUAAAAAGAAUAACACUUAUAUAGUCUUAGACUAAAAACAAAGAAUGAGAACCUGGUUUACCUCCCUUGUCUCCUCGUAUGUAUCUUCCAAUGCCUUUGGUUAUCACUCAAUCUCGCAAAUGCCCUGGUGCAGCCCUCAAACGAGCACUUAAAAGGACGCUCACCAAAGUGACUCCUUUCGUGACCCUGCUGGGUGAUUUUCCGCGUAAACUCCUUGCCGCACAGGCUGCAUUGGAAUCCGUUUUGCCCGGGCCUGGAUCGCAAAGCCUCAAAUACCGAUGGUCCUUCGCUCAAGUGUGAGUGAU